CUGCCACCAGUGGAGUCACCACAUCAGGAAUAUUCCUUUGCUCACUCACAAUCUCCCUCAAAACCUCUGCUACAAUGAGGAAAACAUCAUACGCAGCGACCUUUGCCGCUGUUCUCAUUAUCCUUGUCAUCAAUAUUUUAUCUUCACGUCUCCCGGACUGGCUUAUUGCUAAAUAUGAAAUCCCAAACGCUCAAGUCACCGUUCGCUAUGGGUUAAUGAAACGAUGCGAGCGUUCCACCAUUAGCUUUCCUGGUCCCGGCAAAGACGGACAUCUAGAAUACACCGAGUACGAAUGCCGCCAGUUUCCGCUCCGUGUAAAGGACAAAUGCGACGACGAAAACCGCCUGUUCUGUGCUCUGUGGACUUCUGCUCAAUACUUCAGCGAGCUCGCCAUCGGUUUUGCAGGAAUGGGUCUGAUCGCUUUGCUCAUUGGUGUGAGCACGCACUCGAGGAGGAGAAGGGUCUGGAGAGCCGUGGCGGGGCUAGUCAUAUUACACGCCGUGUUCCAACUUGUGACGUUCAUCCUCGUUACCGAGCUGUAUCGCAAGGACCGUUUCCCGGCCUUUGAGCACGCCAAGCCUGGUGUUGGCUAUGUCUUAAAUGCUGUUUCUUGGGUUUCAGGGUUGAUCGUUGGGGCUGGCGUCAUUGUAACCGGUGUGGCUGCGGACCGCGGCCAUAAGUGGGCUGCUGGUAAUAGAUCAUAUACACCCAUCGAGGGUUAUCGUCAACGUUACAGGUCAUACACACCCGUUCAAAGUUAUGGUUCAAAUGCAUAGUUCCCUUCUUCCUCUCUACAAGCACACGCUCGGUCUCGGUUUUUCUUGUACCAUAUUUUGGAUACCUUUGCACUUGACACACGCACGGAUUUUGUAAAUAUGUUAAUUGAAGUCGCCCUCCCACUUGUUCAUAAA